AUGGAGAGGUCGAAGCGCGCCGCAACCUCACGGUCGGAGCGUAUGGCGAUGCUCGAGUUUCUGCGCAUACCCGAGAACUUUGCGCUGCUGACUGGGCAGGCCACCAAAGGCAAACCAAUGAAAGGAGGUCAAAAGCUGACUCGGUCCCAUGGCCUGAUACGACGCGUACGUGGCAUCAUACCGCCGGGCACUACGAUGGAGCGGGCCAAGCAAGAGUGGGCGAGGCUUGACUGA